AAUUCCCGCGACUGCAAAAGUCAAUUAAUGUAAUACACGUUGUAAACAAGAUUAGAUUUUCGAUGAUUUCAUUUGGUAUAGGGAAAAACUCUCUCAUGCUAGGAUUUGGUUGCUCAAUUUGAUGGAAUACCUAGGAUGGAGAAAUAGUUAUUACUUUCAUUUCAUUGAUAGUCUCAAUUACUGUUGACCAUAUUGAGGUGUACAAAAUGGUGUCAUUGAUUGUCUUAAGUAUUCGUCAAAUAGUUGAGGUGUAUGAAAUCACUUGCAUACAUAUCCUUCACUGUUUCAUAUUGACUCUCCAUUUAUGCUCACUUAUUUUAAUUUGUUUCCUAUUUUUGAUAAUAAGUAUGAUAACUUGAAUGGCGACGAAUCCGUAGGUCCUUUUCAUUUUUUUUCAAUUAUGAACGUGUGUUUCUAACUUCGGUGCUGAGGUCAUAUUCCGGACACAUUCAUUGGUGUUCUAUUCCAAGCCUCCCGUUUGUAUAUACCAGGGCAUAUGGAGUUUGAAUUCCUGAUUCCAGAAGACGCACGGUUGCGCGCCCACAUUUCCCAACGCAGCAACCUCAAGUAUGUUAAGACUGUGAUGGACCAUUUUGACGAGCGGCAACGUGAGGACUUUCGCAACUCCCCCCUCGGGUAUCUGGCUGAUAUUCCAGACAUUCAAUUCUCUGCCCAGCUAAUCCUACAGCUACUGUUUAGAACAAUCCGCACAGAAAAGGCGAACGAGCUUUGGUUCAAUGUGCAAGGACACCUGAUGAGAUUCGGUCUACAAGAGUACGCUGCGAUGACGGGGUUAAGAUGCGGUGCAUUCCCCGAGGGAGACGAUUUUGAUCGAUUGAUUGAGAGGAAAAGGUUAAAAGAGAGGUACUUUAAGUCCAAUGACAAGGUAUCAUUGGCACAACUACAGUGUACUGUUGCCCGACCAUCGACGACCCAUGCUGAUCGCUACAAUCUAGGCCUUGUUCUAAUUGUCGAGGGAGUAUUCAGUGCUCCGGAUAAUAACGUUGGUUUGGGCGUUUGA